ACAUAUUGAGGAUUGGGCCGCCGCAGCGUGCGCUUGCCUGGCUUCCGGCUCGGCUCCCAGUCCCUCCCCACCGUCCCCCCCCCCACCCACCAUCUCCCACGCCGCCGUGAGCGCCACCGCCACCGCCUUCGUGGCUUCCUCUAUCGCCGCUGCCGCUGCCGAGGUUAGAAUGAGGCGGCAGGGACAGGGACAGGGACAGGGACAGGGGCAAUACGGGGAUCCUAACAUCAAUUCCAUGGUGUCUUCCCAGUUGCAUCACUACCAGGCUCAGCAAAGGGUUCAACAACUACCUGAUAAUAGUUACCCUGGAAGAGAUCCUGGGCAAGCUGCUGGGGAGAACCAGUAUACCACCCAGAAGGUGAGACAGAGCCAAUGGGACAGAGGUGGGCCGAACAUCCAGAAUCAGAUUUCACCAUAUGCAUAUAAUGAUGGUCAAAGUGCUGAGGGUAAACGAUCCUUUUAUGAUGGACAACAAUCUGAUCUGAAGGUUGGUCUAGAAAAGCAACCAAGAAAGGAAUUGAGGGACCAGCCUCGUACCGAUAAGAUUGAAGCAAGGCGCGAUGACUAUAAUCUUCCUCGUACAUUUGAAAGUCUAGAGCAGAGUUUUCGUGAAGACAUCGUGGUCCUAUCCAAGGAACUAAAUGAUGCAGAGGAUGCUGAAAAUACUAGGCACAGGGAGAGAUUGAACGAAAUAAAUGCACAGUAUCAUGAGAAACUAUUGGCACUUCGAGCUCGGCAGACAGCCUAUCGAGAAGAAUUCCUGCGCAAAGAGUCUCUGGAACGCCAACAGCAAUACCAAAAGGCCAGCAUAAGCAAUUAUGCAAAUAAUGUUGUGCCUAGGGAACCACGUGGCUAUCCUCCAACAGCUGCAGCCACGCCUCCUCCUGCUGCUGCUCCCUCUGGAAGUUCUUAUGGAGAGGCUCAUCGUUAUGCAUCUGGUCAGUAUGAAUCCUUUGGGGAGCGGCCAGAUUACCCAGAGUUCCAUGGUGGGGGCCAAGGUCGCGAUCAUGGUUUUGAGCACCGUGGUCAUCAAUACCCUGGCGGUCGUGCUUAUAACUCUGGCGGGCGCAGAUUCUAAAGAUGGCUUGGUUGAACAGUCAGCCAUUUUGGCCUCACUUCACCUGGUCUUAUCUUUCCGUGGAAAGCUUAAAGUAAAUUUCUGUAGAAGCUUAGUUCCAGCCUCCUCUGAAUGUAAACACUUGUAAAACCUGUUUUUCGAUUCUGUGCCGCUAUUUAUUCAAGCGAUGAUCAUUUUCUUCA